AUGAUUGAGGGAAUGGUGAAGGAUGGUGUUAUUGAACCUUCAUCUAGUCCAUGGUGUUCACCUGUGGUGCUGGUAAAGAAGAAGGACGGCAGCAUGCGGUUUUGUAUUGACUACCGCCGCCUGAACGACGUUACGAAGAAGGACAGCUAUCCCUUGCCAAGAAUUGAUGACACGCUAGACAUGUUUACAGGCGUAAAGUGGUUUAGUACACUGGACCUGAAAAGUGGCUACUGGCAGGUUGAAAUUGACCCUAAGGACAAGGAGAAAAUUGCAUUCUCCACAGGAAAGGGUCUGUGGCAAUUUAAAGUCAUGCCGUUUGGAUUGUGCAAUGCUCCAGCAACGUUUGAAAGGUUGAUGGAGCUUGUACUUACCGGGCUAAUUGGAGAUGCCUGUCUAGUCUAUUUCGAUGACAUCAUCAUCGUAGGCCGUACGUUUGAGGAACACCUUCAAAACAUGGAACGCGUGCUCAUGAAGAUCCAGAGUGCCAACCUCAAGUUGAGUCAGAAGAAGUGCUGA